GUGCUUACUCCCCCCAUCUAAUCCCCAUCUAUUCUCACCACUAACCUUGAGCUGAAUGCUAAUCUGAGCAGCAAGAGAAACCGUCUGCACAGUGGCUCCUCAGAAGCCAGAGCUCGCCGUUGCAGGCAGACAGAGAGACAGAGAGAGAGAGAGAGAGAGAGAGAGGGAGGGAGAGGGAGGGAGAGAGAGAGAGAGGGAGGACAGGAGGACAGACGGCAGUUGCCUCCCGGUGCACAGGACUACCUACUUGCGAUUUUCUGGAAUGCUCGAGACGUGAAGAACGUGGCCACAUGAAAAGUUGGAUUCAGCUGAAUGGAGUGAAUGGCCCCCUAUGUAGCAGCCAUGGCCUGUGAGGAAGUCACCAGUGUGUUGGCAGCCAGCUCUGUCACUCUGCUCAAGGCCCAGCUGGAGCCCGCGGGAGACCAGACGCCCGUCCCUGAUGGAGAGGAGGCAGAGGACUGCAAGGGACACGAGCCCUCCAACCUGAGCAGCUCCAGUACCAACACGCUGUGUGGGGAUGAGCCAUUCUGUCGCAUCUGCCAUGAGGGUGGCAGCGUGGAGGAGUUGCUGUCGCCGUGUGAGUGCUCCGGCUCGCUGGCCAUGGUGCACCGUGGCUGUCUGGAGCACUGGCUCACUGCCUCCAACACCAGCCGCUGUGAGCUCUGUCACUUCCAGUUUGCCUUGGAACGCCUGCCAAAGCCACUCACAGAGUGGUUUGCCACCCCAUCCAUGCAGCACCAGAGGAGGACUCUGUGUGGAGACGCCAUCUGCUUCCUCUUCAUCACGCCGCUAGCAAGCCUGUCGGGCUGGCUGUGUGUGCAGGGCGCCAUGGACCUCUACUACAGCAACGGCUUCGAGGCCAUGGGCCUGAUCGCACUCACCCUGGCUCUAUUCACCAUCUACCUCUUCUGGACUGUGGUCUCACUGCGGUACCACAUCCACCUCUUCAAGACGUGGAAGGAGACCAAUCAGAGGGUGCGUCUGCAGAUCCCCACACCGCCACGGACACAGGCCAAACAGCAGGCCCUCUCCUUCUUCCUCAGUAAGGAUACCACCAAGGAGACUGUGGUCUAGAUCCCCACACCGCCACGGACACAGGCCAAACAGCAGGCCCUCUCCCUCUUCCUCAGUAAGGAUACCACCAAGGAUGAGCACUAGCAAUGAACCUUCUGAAGGAUCUGACCUUACUUUUUAUAUUGAGUGUUUGGAACACGCAAGCAUUUUUUCUUUGGGGAAAAGCUUACUAUUUUUGUAAAGUUUUUUUUUGUUUUCUAUAUCACUGAAUGGACUGACUGGAGUAGGAGCAUACUGUGGAUUUUGAACCUGAGGAUAAUAAUGGGUUUCUAAGGAUAACAACCAAUUACAAGGAUAACAAUCAACACCGGUGGUUUUGGUGUAAAACACAUUUUUAUGCUCACAGCAAAGAGGAAUUCUUUUCUUUGGAGCAUGCCA